GUCUUGACCGUAAUUGGAAAUUUAUUGGCGGUGCAGUCGCGGUGUCAUUCCCAAAUAAGAGCACAUACCCGCACAGUUUGUUAGCCGGUUAGCGUGCUGCAUGUUAGUCGACGAGCCUGAAAACGAGUUAGCCUUUAGCUUCUAUUGGCAGGCUGUUUGCUUGUGUAAGCCGUUGAGUCUGUCGGCCUUUAGGUGUUAGCCUGUCUAGCCCAACAACAGCUGAUGUACCGACGUGACAGUCUGCUAGCGACCAGAGACUUUGCUGUCACCGUUGCUUUGGUGCUGUUACUUUUCUCAGCCCAAGAUUUGGUUGUUGCCCCGCCAGGUGGUGUUUGUUUCUAGUGGUGGGUGGAGCGUCUCUCUCCAGCAGCCAUGUCAGGCUUUAAUCUCCUGCAUCUGAUAACCAAGAGUCAGCCUGUGGCUCUGAGGCCCUGCAGUCUUCCCUCAGGAGCAUGCCGUUCCAAGAAGACCUGGCCAGUGAGCUUCUCCGAGGAGGAGCUGAGGAAACGCCUGACUCCUAUGCAGUACCACGUUACUCAAGAGAGAGGAACUGAGAGUGCCUUCAGGGGAGAGCUCACAGAUAAUAAAGAGGAAGGAAUAUACUCUUGCGUCGUCUGUGGUGGCCCAUUAUUUAGGUCAGACACAAAAUUUGAUUCGGGAUCAGGCUGGCCAUCUUUUUUUGACUUGUUGAAAGAAGAGUCUGUCACUCUGUCGGAUGAUUUCUCCUACGGGAUGCACCGAGUGGAGACUACCUGCAGCCAGUGUGGUGCUCAUCUUGGACACCUUUUUGACGAUGGACCAAAACCCACAGGAAAACGCUACUGUAUUAAUUCAGCCUCACUGGCUUUCAAGCCCAAAGACACAGCUGCCUCCACCAUCCCCGGUGCCCAGACAGGGGCCGGAGCUGCCAGCGGCUCAGACAGCAAGGGGAACACAGAGCUCUGAAUCAAAGUCCUGGAAAGUUUCCAGGAACCACAGCAAGACUCAGGACCGUGGCUGGACAUGUUCGAUGUCUCUGUAGUUGAAGAUGGCAACAGUCUUCCAUAAAUAGAAACACUAGUGUUUUGGGUAAUUUGAUUAAUGAUGUCAGACAGGUGAGCUUAUUUAGAAAGGAGGGUAUAUGGGCUCGUCCUCAGGCUUCAGACACAGACCAAAUAUUCUCAAACAUAAUAUAUCACACAGGCCAUCAAAACACCCAUUGUGUGGCUAUGCUCAAAGCUGCCAGACAACCUGUACUGACUGCUUGCCUUAAAUUUGUGGUCUGUGUAAUACAGUUUUUUUUAGAUCUGCUGUAUUGUGUUGCUAGAAAUAUAUAUUAACAGGUUUUGAUAAUGAGUUUAAAAUAUUUUAUCAUUAGAGUGCAGUUGAAGCCUUCUGUUUCAACCAUGUGUGUACUUUCUCUCAAAAAUAUAUAUUUUUGAAGUGAUAUUUGAUACUGAAUGGUUGACAGUGUAAGGAAAACCCUGUGCAAGUGCUCAUGUGAGCAGUGAAAUAAGCAUCCAGAGAUAGCAAAGCAUUCUUACAAAUAAACACAACAGAUGACAAAUGUUUACUCUGAAUACAGUAUGUACCAUGGCUUUCAAAGGCGCUUUCUUUGCUCCCUGCUCUUGUGGUGCUUAGCGUUGGAAUAUUUUCAGGUUUGAUUCACAGGUGACACUAAGAACUAUAAUUGGAAAAUUGUCAAAUAAAAGGUCUAGACUCAC